GGAGGUGUCAUUCUCACAUCAUUCAACAUCUAUUCAAAUGGAAACAUUUCAAAUUACAGAACACGUGAGACUGAACAUUGUCAAAUGUGGAAACUUUUGGAGGCAAAAUCGAUCAGACAAAAUGCAAAUUAAAGGUCCUACCUUAGAGAAGAGAAGAGAAGAGAAGAGAAGAGAAGAGAAGAGAAGAAGACAUUCUUUUGGAUAGUGUUUUCCUCUCCAGCAUGGUGGGUUGCAGGUGGAACCUCCUGAUUGUGGCUCUAUACCUGUCCCUCUCCACAUGUACACUCUCUGUCCACUCUCUGUCCUGCCCUAAGGGAUUUCUGACAGAGAAAGACAACUGCAUUGAUGAUGAUGAAUGUCUUGUGGAUGAGGGAACACUUGGUCCUUGUGGACAGAAUGCAAUAUGUAUAAACACAAAUGGCAGCUUCUACUGCAAAUGUAUUGAUGGUUUCAUCUCAUCUUUAAAAACUGUGACUUUCUCAGCUGAUACGUCUGCAAAAUGUAGAGAUAUCAAUGAAUGUUUGAACCAAAUCGACAUCUGUAGACCUCACGCCACCUGUAAAAACGCUAGUCCACAUUAUUCCUGCACUUGUUUGGAUGGAUUCAUCUCUUCAACAGGAAAUAAAACAUUUGGCCCCCGUGACAAUGAUACAUGUGAAGACAUUGAUGAGUGCAAAAACGACAAAGUUUGUGAUCAAAAUGCGUUCUGCAACAACACAAUGGGCAGUUAUUACUGUGUCUGCAAAGCUGGCUUUGGACUGAAAUCUGGUCAAUCUAACUACACUGGGGAUCAGGAGCAAUGCGAAGACAUAUGUGUGAUUGAUAAGACAAUCUGUGGAAAUGGAACCUGCCACCGUGAAGACAGAGGCCAUUACUGUACAUGCAAUUCUGGCUUUACUAACUACGGCUUUAGAGCGUCUCGAUGCACUGCUUUAGACUGCGAUGAUUUAAAAGAUACGAGCUAUCUGAAAGAGACAUUUAGAGAUGCAUAUGAGCUGAUGGUGCUGUUAAAGGAAAGCUGUCUGGAGCUAACAGAGAGAGAGGAAUCAAAAAAGCUGAAUGGAGAGGACUUCCUGGAGAGACUGUUGUCUAUCAUUGACGAUCUCCUGGCCGGUGAACCCUUCAAGGAUGACAAGAAAGUCUCCACCUUUCUGGAUGUGGUGGAAAAUGCAAUGAAGCUCAUUGGUCCUUUCAUGCAACCCCCAGGAACCAACAGAUCCUCCCCUCAUACAGAGCUGCAGCUGCUGCUGAAUAGGGGAGUUGAUUUUCCCCAAGGAGCAGUGACUUUAUCAUCUAUGAAAACUCGGCUGGAUAUCAAGAUGGAGACAGCUGCUGGAGAUCCUUCCUCUUACCCCGGCUUUACAGUAGUAUCCAUGCUGAGUUAUGCAAACCUGAAUGAGUCUGCAGAGGGCUUCUACAGUGGAAUGAAACCAAAAGCGGGAGAACGCUUUCAGAUCGACUCUCAAGUCGUGACUGUUUCUGUCAGCAACUUAAACACAAGCCAUCUCCACGAGCCAGUCAAUAUAACUUUGAAACACCUGAAAAAGCAAGACAAAUACAAUCACACAUGUGUGUUCUGGGCUUCCUCUCAAGGAGGAGGGACGUGGUCAGCUGAUGGAUGCAGAGUGGUGGAGUCCACCUCCGAACACACAAAGUGCUCCUGCAACCAUCUGAGCAGCUUUGCUGUGCUCUUGGCACUCUAUGAUAUGGAGGACAAGUACGAGUUAGAGCUGAUCUCAUGGGUGGGACUGUCCCUAUCACUUGUCUGUCUGUCCAUCUGCAUCCUGACAUUCUGGCUGAUCCACUCCAUCCGCAGCCCAAGAACAACCAUCCACCUGCACCUCUGCAUCAGCCUCUUCAUCGCCAUCCUUAUCUUCCUCGCAGGCAUCUCUCGCACAGAGGACCCGGUUGGCUGCGCCGUGGUGGCUGGGCUGCUGCAUUUCUUCUUCCUUGCUGCAUUUUGCUGGAUGUGCCUGGAGGGCAUUCAGCUUUUCAGGAUGGUAGUCCUUGUUUUUAACACCAACUUCAAAACCCUCUACAUGAUGGCAGGCGGCUAUGGAGUCCCAGCUGUAAUCGUCGCUAUCUCUGCCAUAGUUGACUACAAGGGAUACGGCACUGAGAAACACUGCUGGUUAAAGCUGGGCUUCAUCUGGAGUUUCUUUGGCCCUGUCUGCAUCAUUAUCAUUAUAAACAUUUUCUUCUUUCUAAUCACUGUGCGGAAACUGGCACAGAAGUUCUCCAGUUUAAACCCCGACCUGGACAAGCUGCAGAAAAUAAAGGCAUUCACUAUCACUGCAGUGGCUCAGCUGUGUGUCUUGGGCACCAUGUGGAUCUUUGGAUGUUUCCAGUUUGAAGAGGGCACGAUUGUAAUGUCUUAUCUGUUCACCAUCUUUGGGAGCCUCCAGGGAGUCAUGCUCUUUGUCAUGCACUGUCUCUGUUCAAAACAGGUGAGAGAUGAGUAUAGAAACAUCCUGUCCAAAUGCUGUGCACCAAAGAAGAAGAGAUACUCAGAGUUCAGCUCCUCCAACUCAAGCAAAGCACCGGUAUCCAAGAGCAGCCAUGACACCGGAGAGUCACACAUCUGAGGAAUUACACAUGAGAGCAUUCCACACAUUCUCCAGAGACUUCCACCCCAAACAUCCAGCUAACUACUGCAUUCUGUCAACUGUAGCCAAUGCUGCAAUGCUGCAAACAAUGUAUAUAAGAUAUUCUUAUUAUUUUAUUUCUUUUUAAACAAUUGUCAGUGUAUUUAAGGUAUCAAAAUAGAGUUAGAAUAUGUGUGAUAAUUUAUUAGAAAUUAGGGAUUUUCCUCUCAAUGACAUUCUUCAGCAGAGAAAACUGUGUCACAGACUAUCACAAAAACUGGAUGCUGUCAUAUUUAUGCAAUGAUGUAAAUAUUUAUAAGAAGCCCAUUGUGUCCUGAACUUCGAUUCUGGCAUUAAAUAUAUCUAAAGGAUCAUUCAUGCCACUCUUUUCUCACAGGUUAUUGAAUUGCAUUAUAUGAGACUAAAAGGAACUAGUUUCUUGCCUUUAUUAUGCCGGCAUCUUGUUUAAAUGAUUUAAGUGUAAAUAUUACCAACAAAAAUUUAAAAACCUCAAUGCAGACUUUAAAUGUAAGUAAGAAUUUAUGUAUAUAUUGCUGGGCAAAUUAGUUUUCUAAAACAGUUUAUGACUGAUUUCCUUUCAUGUUAAGCAUGAUGUGCCAUGGUUUUAUAUUUAAAUGAAAAGAGUUUUAUUUACUGAGUUUAGGGAAUAAAUGUUUCAAAACUUGAACUUUCCUUUAGUACUGUUUUAAGCACUGGUUUAAGCACAAGUUUAUCUAUUCUGAGUUAUAAGCUCAAUUCUUUCCUUUGACACGUUAUCAUUUUUUUAUUUUAUGCCUUCUAAUGUGUAAAUUAUUACAAGUUGUUUUCUCAAUGUUUUCAGUGUUUUCGUAUGUUUCCUGUCUUUCUUGAAGCUUUAAAGUAAAUAAAUAAUGGGACACCAAAA